GAAGAUAUGCUGGAAAUAGCAGGAGCAUCUCUGGACUUCUCCAUGGCAGACGAUGACCCGCCACUCGACAGGGAGAUGGGAGGAUUUUCCUCAUAUAAUGGAGGAGGGAUGAACGGCACAAGCACAAUGAUGGAUUUCCUGGAGGAACCUCUUCCUGGUGUGGGCACCUAUGAAGAUUUUAACACUAUAGAUUGGGUGCGAGAGAAGUCCAGGGACCGGGACAGGCACAGAGAGAUCACCAGUAGAAGUAAAGAGUCCACCUGGGCACUGAUACACAGUGUGAGCGAUGCCUUUUCUGGCUGGUUGUUGAUGCUUCUCAUUGGGUUGUUGGCAGGUUCCUUAGCGGGUCUGAUAGACAUUUCUGCCCACUGGAUGACAGAUUUGAAAGAAGGAGUGUGUUUAGCAGGCUUCUGGUUUAACCAUGAGCACUGUUGCUGGAAAUCCAACACAACCUUUACAGACAGAGACAAGUGUCCUGAGUGGAAGAGCUGGUCCCAGCUGAUCCUUGGCCAUGGAGAGGGGGCUUUUGCAUAUAUUCUCAACUACUUCAUGUAUGUUAUCUGGGCCUUGCUGUUCUCCCUUCUUGCUGUGUUACUUGUGAAGGGGUUUGCUCCUUAUGCCUGUGGCUCAGGGAUCCCAGAGAUCAAAACUAUCUUAAGUGGUUUCAUCAUUAGAGGCUACCUGGGCAAGUGGACGUUGAUCAUCAAAACCAUCACCUUAGUGUUGGCGGUGUCCUCUGGGCUGAGCCUGGGCAAAGAGGGGCCUCUGGUGCAUGUCGCCUGCUGCUGUGGAAACAUCUUGUGUCAUCUCUUCACCAAAUAUAGGAAGAACGAAGCAAAGCGUAGAGAGGUUUUAUCAGCAGCUGCAGCUGCUGGUGUGUCUGUAGCUUUUGGUGCACCGAUUGGAGGAGUGCUGUUUAGUCUGGAAGAGGUCAGCUACUACUUUCCUCUCAAGACGCUGUGGCGCUCCUUCUUUGCUGCUCUGGUAGCUGCGUUUACGCUGCGCUCCAUCAACCCUUUCGGGAACAGCCGCCUGGUUCUCUUCUAUGUGGAGUUUCACAUGCCAUGGCAUCUUCUGGAGCUCGUGCCAUUCAUCCUUUUGGGAAUAUUUGGUGGGCUUUGGGGAGCUUUCUUCAUUCGCAGCAACAUUGCCUGGUGCAGGCGACGAAAGACGACCAAGCUUGGCAAGUACCCUGUGCUGGAGGUGUUUGUAGUGACUGCGAUCACAGCCAUUCUGGCCUUCCCCAAUGAGUACACCAGAAUGAGCACCAGUGAGCUGAUUUCUGAGCUCUUCAAUGACUGUGGGAUUUUGGACUCAUCCAAGCUCUGCGAGUAUGUAAAUGAUUUCAACAGCACCAAAGGGGAUGACCUGCCAGACCGAGCUGCUGGCCCAGGAGUUUACACUGCCAUGUGGCAGCUGGCUUUGGCCCUUAUAAUGAAAGUCUUCAUCACGAUCUUCACCUUUGGCAUGAAGGUCCCUUCUGGUCUCUUCAUCCCCAGCAUGGCGGUGGGUGCUAUAGCAGGCAGAUUGCUUGGAGUAGCCAUGGAGCAGCUGGCCUAUUACCACCACGACUGGGCCAUCUUCAGUGGCUGGUGCAGUCAAGGAGCUGACUGCAUCACUCCUGGCCUCUAUGCAAUGGUUGGGGCUGCAGCAUGUCUAGGUGGAGUGACCCGAAUGACUGUGUCGCUAGUGGUCAUUAUGUUUGAGCUCACUGGUGGACUGGAAUACAUCGUUCCUCUGAUGGCAGCAGCAAUGACCAGCAAGUGGGUGGCUGAUGCCAUUGGACGGGAAGGCAUUUACGAUGCCCAUAUUCGCCUCAACGGAUACCCUUUCUUGGAAGCCAAGGAAGAGUUCUCACACAAGACACUUGCAAUGGAUGUAAUGAGGCCACGGAGGAAUGACCCUCCUCUGACUGUCAUCACUCAGGACAGCAUGACCGUAGAAGAUGUUGAGACCAUCAUCAAUGAAACCACAUACAGUGGCUAUCCAGUGGUGGUGUCACGGGAGUCCCAAAGGCUUGUUGGAUUUGUCCUCAGGAGAGACCUCAUCAUUUCAGUUGGGUUCGUGCAAGCCCUGUGGCAAGCUGGAUGGGAGAACUAAUGCAGCUGAAAACACAUUUUCCCUCCCUGCUUGGUUAGCUCCUGCAGGUCAGUCCCCUCUUCUGGCUCUUGGAGGGGGGAUAUGGAUGCUGGUGCAAGGGAGCGGGUGAGAGCACGCUUGCUGGGAGCGGGUUGGCAGUCACCUUGGAUGAAAGCAGAAAACGAUUGUAGGAACAGCAUGAUUGUGGAAGAUUGAAGACACGCGAACUCUGCGGUGUGUUCUCCAGCACAUGGUUGAAUGCACUGUUUUAGCUCAAGCUUGACAACUUGAUAUAGGGGUGGUGUGAAGGCUUGGUCCUGAGCUAGCUUUGUCCCGUGGCAGAGCUAGAGUAGUUUUUAUCACUAAGUUGCCUGCAGCUAUGCAUCAACCCUGUGUGUUCCCUCUCUCUUUUGAGAGUUUUCAGUGUCAGUUUUAGGAUGUGCAAUACAGUCUUCUGGAGCAUGUGAAUAUUGCGCUCGUUCUUCUGAUAAGUAUCUGGCCAAAUGCUUAUGACACUACGGAAUGAAAUGCAGAAAAAAUUGCACUAUCAUGCUAUGUGUAUUGCCUGCCUUCUGUAAGGCUGCUUUGUGGUAUGACCACGAAUUCCUGCAUUUGUGUUAUUCUGAAUCUGCAGGGACUUGUUAAGAGUAAUCUUUUCCCCAAGAUAUGCACAGUAAUGCACUGUUGUGUGCUACAGAACAGCAUUUAGCUUUUGAUGGCCAGCUCCAAAUACCUAGUCUGGUGUUUGGGCUGCCAGGCUAGCCCUUUCCCAGUGCACCUCGGAAUAUAAAUAUCAAAUGAAGCUGCAAUGUGGCAGUUAUCCACAUUGCCUGUGUAGCAGGAAUGUAAUGCAUUAGUGUAAAUAUCUGAGUGAUGGCAAGUAAUUAACUUGUUUUCUGUCCUUGACCCUAAUCAUGGGCAUGGAGCCUGAGCCAGUAGGUUAAGUGCUUAAAAAUACUUCUUUAGCAACUCUGCAUGAGACCCAAGUUGGUGACUGACAAAAGUACAAAGCAUUUUAUCUACCUCCUCUUAAAACUGGGAAGUUAAAUAUCUCCAGAACUUGCAUCUACAUGGCUAGAGCAAAAUGCUGAGAUGCGUGGCAGCCUUGACAUUAGGCAAAGUGUGUGCUGAUCUCACCCCUGGGGUGAAACUUUGGAGAUCUUAUAGGUUACGCUGUAGUUACUAGAGGAUAGGAUGGAAACAUAUUGCACCUUCCUUGGGUCAUCGGUUGCCUUGAGACACAGCACAGGUGAAGGGAAGGAAUGGACUUACAAGGCCAUCCCAAUGUGGGCAGCGACAGAAAAGGGCACGCUCUUCGGUUUGGAAGAGGAAAGGAGGGAUGAUAUUUAA